AUGAUUAAAUUUGAAGAGAAACAAAAAGAGACACAAUAAAAUCAGAAAGUAACAAUUAAGAAAAAGGAAGUUAUUGAUAUGGAUGAUAAGAAAGCAGAAAUCAUAGAGAAGGAUUAGCAAAUUAGUUAGUAAGAGUAGAUAAUUAAUUAAUUGAAAGAAAAUUUGCAGGAGAGAACUAAUUAUGAAUUGAGAAGGUUGAAUCAAUAAGUGUAGUAGAUGAGAGAUGAAUUGAAAGAACUGAAUGAGUAUUAUUUGGCAGAAAUUCAACCUUUAGAGACUGAAUCCUUGCCUAUUAUACAGGGUAAUAGAGAUCAUACUUUUACGAUUUUGCAUGAUGUCUACAAUAAGCAAGAAAUGAAAUUUCCAAAAGCACCUAGAGUCAGAUAUGAAUAAGUUUAAGAUAUGGGAAAGGAAUUGAGUUUACGAUUGUAGUUGAAAUAAAUUACUGUUAGUGAAGCUAGUGCUAUCUUAAUUUAAAAUGCAACAAAUAAUGCUAUCAAUGUGGAAUAAUUACAAGAAUAAUUACUCUAAGAACCUUUUACUAUAGCUGAUCCUAAUGAAGCCAAGAUAAUUGCCAGAUAUAUUGUGGAAGAUGUAAAUGAUGAAAUUUUUAAUUUGGAUCCAUAAGCUACAGUUAAAUUGCCAGUUGUGAAGUCUGUUUUUAGACAUCUGCUUGAUUGCUAUGAUUUAUUGACACAAGAGUAGGAUAAGCAAUUAUGGGAAGAAGCGAGUGUAAUUGUAAAUAAGUAUGAAACUGCCUUGAGGAGUUAAUUCGAUUUAUUGAAUAAACAAUAACAUGGAUUCAUGAAACCGAAGGAUUUGUUUUAUUGUUUGGAUUAAUUAUUUUUAGAUCUGACGGACAUUCAAAAGGAGUAUGUAUUGUUGAGACUCUUCGUCUAUACCAAUAACAUUAAUAAAAUUAUGCAUAUGAAGAUUUUUGAUGUCUUUAAAGCAGGAUCCUAUAUUGAUAGAGUUUCGAAAGAUACUAGAAAGAAGAAGAAAUAAAGACAAACUGGCAAGAAAAUAGAGAUUUAAAAGUAGGAUAUUGAUGACUUUGAUUGA